UAUUGUUUUAACCCUUUAAAAACCAGUGAUGAAUUUUGGAGCGAAUUCACCAACAUUGGAUCCCAGAUCCUUUGACGAUCCCAUGUCGCCCACCACCAUGAAAUACAACGAAGCUGAACAAUUUUGUUCCCUCGAUUCACUUGAGGCUUCUUCCAAUUAUAUCAACAUUCUUUUAACGACCUACAAUUACCCCGUACCCCUUGUGUUUAAUUCACGUUCUCCAGACGACCAAUGUAAAAUCGUCAACUGUCUCUAUGCAUUAUUACAAGAUCGCAAAAACGAUGCUUUAGAACGACAGGAAUUCAUCAACACAAUAAACGAUUUAAAGAAACAACAAGGAGGACUUGAAUCCACCUUGGUCAACUUAAAACGUGACAAUAAUACCAAGGAUCAACUUAACAAAGAAUUACGAUCGAAAUUAGAAACUAAUGAGUUAAGGAUGAAAAAAAACUCGAUACAAAAUACUCGUUUGAAAGAAGAGAUAUCCAAAUUAAAGAAUAACAUGCAAUACAUGAAGACACAAUACGCCAAUGAAACAAGUAGACACGAACAAGAAUUAGCAAAAGCACAGGAUAGAAUUGUUAAAUGCAUGAAUCACCACUACAAGGCAAAACAAGCCAUGAUGGAAACCAACUCCUAUUUAGCUGCUAAUAUGCAUGAAGACAGCAAUAAAGUGGACCAAGAACACAAAAAAUAUGCACAAGUAAUACAACAAGCAAAUGAUAGAGAAGAGGAUUUGAAAUUAGAGACAGAGGAUUUAAGGACGAGUUUAAUUACUUUAUAUACGGAUGUACAUCGACUAUUAGAGACACAAAUCAUCCGGUUUGAUCAACAUCCUGAAGCAAAACCUCGCGAUGUCUAUCCAGAGACGGCCAGACUACGUCUACCCAAGAACUGUGGCGGUAAAGAGGCAAUACACAUGAUACAAGAUCUGCUGGCCAGAUUGAAACAAGAAUGGGAUCAUCAAUUAGAUCAAACACCGCAACUUUACUCGCACACUGACAUUGCGGAAAGAGAUGAGCUCAUACAGUGUUUACAGGAGGAAUUAACAGACUUGACAGAGAAUUUUGUGCGUGCAAGGGAAGAGCAUGGUCAGGAAGUCGAAAUGUAUAAGCGCUUUGAGCAAGGUGGCUUCUUUGACACCCUCUAUCCAACACCCAAAGACGCUUAUAUUUCAGAUUCAGAGGACGAAUCAAAGUACGACCAGCUGAAGAAAAAGGCUAUGCGCGAUCAAAAGAAGCUGACACAAUCAGCCUUGGAAUUGGGUAAACGACGAUCAGAGCUAGAGGCUGAACGUUGGGCAUUUGAAGAAAUGAAACGAGCCAUUCAGUUACAAGACAUUCUACAAGAAAGUUCCUCUUCAACAACAACACCACCACCACCGCCACCACCUUCUGCUAAACAGACAUUUACCUUUGAACCUUCCGAUAGACCACGUAAAAGAAAAAGUGGGUGGCUAGGUGCUGCUCCCUCCAAUAAUUGAUACAUGAGAAUAAUAAAUAAAUACGUAUAUAUAAUAUAUAUAUAAAAAAAA